ACGUACUUAUUAUCCUUCUUUCUGCAUUCAUCAGUUCGGUCUAAAAUAUCGCGAUCUUCUUAUCGGCACAACAUUCACAAAAUCCGCUCUAAUUCCUGCACGUCUUCCCCACGAGGCUGACAGGGUCGCUUUGGUUCACGGAGCCCGAGGAACAACCCCACGGAGUGGAAACCUUCCAGUGCGGAGUAUUCCGUACUUGGUAGAGGUAUUCCAUACUCGUCAUGUUUUGAGACCCGCAGCGUCGACCGCGACUCCGAUGAAGCGCACGACAUGGCAGAUCACGCCGGCGCGGCCGAGGGCCAUCGCGAGCCUCGCCGCUACCCGCUGGAUAUUCCCCAUCUGCCGUUCUGCCGCUACGACCACCGCCGAGUCACAGCCCGAGAUAUCAUGGUUCACCGUCUCAUGGCCGCCUUCAUGAGUCCUUCUUCUUCGCCCCUGAAUCCCGCCGUUUUCGACAGCUGCAUGACUUUCCAGGAGGAAUUUUCAGCCAGUAUGCCUCGCCGUCGUCUCCCCCAUGGUGUCGGCGAGCCUGUGGCGAGCGAUCUCGAGGUGGUCCAAAGAAUGCUUUUCAAUGACCCCUCGGAACACUCGCCUGGCGGAAUCGGCCCGCUCAAGCCCGUCACCCUCGGCGAGCGCGUCCUGGACCUUGUGAUGCUCCACUACUUUGAGACUGCCGCAGCGGCCACGAGGCUAUGGAUAACUCGCGCCGGGACCCCUCGGAUGCCGAAUGGCCCCCUCAGCACCCGCGCUAGGACCGCUCUAUAUGCUGGCAGUCGGAGAUCCCUACAUAUCUGGCUCAGGGAACUUGUAAAACUCCAACCAGGACAUGAAGGCAUGGAGUGGAAUGAGCGGCACAUAGCUCACUUGUCCCGGCUUCGCGAAGCCGUCGAGGUGCAAGCCCGGUUGCCCCUGUAUGACGGCUGUUCCUGCCUGGCCACCCUGCGCCAGACUGCCGACCUGUCGUUCUCGAGUGUGGAUGGGGCGAGGCGAGGACUAGACAUCUUACAUUGGACCUUCACUCAGCACACGUUCAACAUUCCCUUGCCACGGUGGCCCGAGUUCAGCUCCGCCACGAGCCACAUGAUACACGCUCUCGCCGAAGCCGAACGUCCCAUUGGCCCCGGCGAACUCGUACAACGCUUGUUCUUGCCCACUGUGUACUUACUGGACUUGUGUCAAGAUGCCGGGUGGGGCCGAAACCGCGCCAACAUCUGGGCUGUCGGAAGAGACGAAGGCAGUCCGCGUGGCCGGGAUUGGCCCAAUAGCAGUCCUCAAGACGCCAGCCGGGGACGGCCGCGGAGGAGAUGCGCAAGUGAGCCCCAAGCCGGAAGCUUUGCCAUUGGCGUAUUUCCUGGCCGGCACUCGGUGCCGCACUGGCCGAGAUUGUGGUUCCUGUACCCGCGGAUAACGCUAUCGCAUCUGGACCGGCGAUCACGGAGACGCAGCCUCAGCCGGACGCACAUCAAAGCCAUGUUUGACUGGCACACCAACCUGGGGGCCUCGUGCGAGGCGCCGUCCUGCGACCGGAACCCCCAGCGGCCACCCCGAUGUGAGAACUGCAGUUCCCGAGACCACCGCACGAACAUGUGCCUGUCUCCUUGCGGUCACUGCGGCGGGCCCAGCCCGACGGCCUCGAUGCCGCCUGGCGCCCCCCUAUAUCCGCAGGAUGCCAGUUUCACCCUGUACACGCCCAGUCGAAAACCGCGGCCGGGUCUCUCGCAGAACCCGCACUACGCCCCCGACUGCCCCGUCGCGCGGCACAACCGGUGCAAGUGCGUGCCGUUCCCGACCUUCCACACCGCCGCCGAGUGCGGCAUUCCCUGCCGCCGCGCGUGCGGCAACCCGGCCCCGCCGGGCAGCUUCCAGCACCGCAACGCCAUGACCUGCCGCGCGCGCUGCUGCAUGUGCGGCCUGCGCGGGCACAGCGGCCGCGAGUGCCGGUUCAAGACUUGCCGGUGCGGUGGCGCGCACCUGGGUCAGGACUGCGGGUGGCACCCGACCUGCCGGGUCCGCGGGUGCGACCGGUUCCUGUGCGGCGUCCACUGCCGCGAGUGCGGGAGCACCGAACGGCCGUUCGUAGGCCGUCGGUGCUGGAAGUGCUUGGGGUUUGAGAAGCCUCCGGAGCCGGAGGAGGGCAAGAGUAAGAACAGACAGAGGCGGAAAAAGGCUGAAGGCGAAGGGGAGGAAGGAGCACAGGGACCAGGUGAUGAGGCUGGGCACCAAAUGGCGACGAUCACCGCGCCCACUGCCGAACUCCCGACAGUGGUCACACCGCCGGAUAAGGUGGAGCCGGAGCCAGAGCCGGAGCCGGAGCCGGAGCCGGAGCCCGAGAGGGAGUCCCAGUACCGGAGCAUCUUCGGCGACCCGCGGGAGCGGAAUCCUCCGCGGAGCGGCAGACCAAGAGAGAUGUAAAACAGCCAACAGACAACACAAAUUGAUGGAGUAUAGGAUUUGGGACCGGACCACAUUGGCGCUCAAGUGAUACCCCAAGCGCUGGCAGUGUCCCAGCGCAGAAAGCCCUGUGGCGUUGGCAAUAGACAUGUCACGGAAUUUCUGACAGGCGUAUGAAGAACGGCCAUCGACCAUGGUUCAUAAUUUUUUUCAUUGCUGACUCAUGAGUAAAGACAAACAGCGGGUCGUGACAAGGAAAGUCU